CCUCAUCAUCAUUAAUCACUUCGGAGCUGUAUCGAAACCUGGAAAUUGAAUGAUGCAAAAUGCCGAUUACAUUUGGUUCAGUCGGCGACAUCAUCUCUGUUUGUCUCCUUGUCAAAGACCUCGUCGACACACUCGACAAGGCUCGCGGCUCCGAAGCCGAGUAUCGGUAACUGACUAGGGAAAUAUGGAUUCUAGAUCGUGUCUUUUUGGAGAUCGAACUCCUAGCACGGACGCAUGAGGAUGGAGCUACCCCCGAACUGGAUGCGCUGUGCCAGACCGCACGACAGGCCGUGGAUCGGUGCAAAGACUUGGUCAGCGCAUUUCUGAAAUAGAUUAAGAGGUAUCAAUGCAGUUUCGGAGAGGUUGAUGACAAAAAGACAAACUUUUUCAAAGUGACGGCAAUGAAGGUGCGAUGGCGUAUUGGCGAGCGAGAUGCUGUGGAAAAGUUUAGAGUUGAGAUUGCAGGGACUAGCUCAGGUCUUCAGAUGUUGCUGGCUACAGCUUCUGUAAAACUGAUGAGUGUCAACGAGAAAAAUGGCAAAGAUCACAUCACCAGCAUCCAACAGCAAAGCCAAUCAAGCCUUACCCAACAGGACGCAGUCUUGCUAUUGAUUCACAAUCAAAUUGAGGACACGAAUCGACUUCUUACGACUGGGAACUCGGUCACAAGCAAGAUUGCCGAUGCCCUUCGCCUGAACUGGCUUCGAGAGCUUGGCGCCGAACUGAAAGGGUUUUUGCGGCGCAUCAUUUCAAUGAACAUUGCUACAUACCAUGCCGUCUUGAGCAUUCAAUCCGCCCUCCCUGGUCGUCUCAAACGUGUUCUUAUCGAGGAACCUUUUAUUCUCGAGGACGCUACCGGCCGCGUAGCGCCCGUACCCCUUCAAUUUGCCACAUCAUGGGACGCCUUCAACGCCGUCCUUGAAAUCCGGUUCAAAAACCUCGAAGGCUUCAGGAAGAUUAAAUAAAAGCAAUAUAGCUUGCAGGACAAGGCAACGAGAAGAGACAUCGAACAAUCCAGACCAUGGCAAAGGGCCUUCCUCCCGGGACAGCACGUCGAGAUGAGCUUUGUAUUCGACAGCAAAGGAUCUGACGAUGCGGCGUGUGGUAAAAAUGUUACAUGCCCUGGCUGUAACACCUCAUCUCCAAAGCCCACUGACGCUGAUAUCAAUUGCGAA